AUGAACCACGAACCACCGUCCAUCGUCAAGGCAACAUCGUCAAUGUCGACCGUCGAGGUCACUGGCAGAGGUGUGGGCAGAGGAGAUCGUGAUGAUUCCGAUGAUGCUCCGCAACGUCGACGGACUAUUGCACCCGCACGGAGGCAGCGAGUCGUUGUGACUGCGGAUCACGUCGAUGAGCCAGUCAUCCCUGCGCCAGAUGUUCAGGAUGACCCGAUGGAGGCACCAGCUACUGUAGAUGACAUUCCUGCGGACACAGGCACAGAGGCUGCUGAGGAUGAGAAUGAGGGAUUUCCAGGUGGUUCGAGCGACCCAUCCGUGUUGACCCUGUAUGCGGAUCACAUUGCUUGUAGCGUAUGGAGGGGAGAGGAGCGUCCUGAAUUGAAGCUAUCCUCUCAUGGGAGGAAGGUCCACAGUUUAGGCAGGCCUGUCCCUACCAUUGAGGGACUUAUUGCUGGUACAGGACUAAGUCCUCUGAUCACGUGUUCGGUAGACACUGGCAAUCGAGGACUUUUGUCCGCGUUUGUGGAGCGGUGGCACCGGGAGACGUCUAGUUUCCAUCUCCUGGUGGGAGAACUCACCAUCACGCUGGAUGAUGUCUCCUCGCUUCUCCAUCUGCCCGUGAUUGGAGACUUACACGCCUUUCAGUGCUUGCACGUGGACGAUGCGGUUCAGAUGCUGGUCGACUUAUUGAUGGUCUCUACAAAGUCUGCCAGGGCUGAGACAACCCAGUGUCGUGGACCGUACGUACACCUGCAAUGGGUACGUGAUAUAUAUGAGCGUCGAUGCCAAACAGGUCAUUGGACAACUGCGGCAUGCGCAUAUCUUCUCCAUCUUCUGGGUUGCACUCUGUUUGCCAACAAGAGUGCAAUCAAUGUGCAUGUUGUCUACUUGGAGGCCCCUCAUGACCUCAGUAUGACAGAGAGGUAUGCCUGGGGAGUGGCUGCUUUGUGCUGGAUUUAUGAGCACUUUCCCUCGGUCGCGGAGUCCACCGCUGAUCAGGACUACGACGAGGCUUCCCUGCGAGUGCGCAGGUGGAUUGCGACGAAGAAGACCGUGAAGAGCAUUCGCACGUCGGCGUACAGGGAGCGCCUGGACCGACUCUGGAUUCCGGAUGUCUGUUGGAUCCCUUAUGGGGAGCAUCGGGAGGUCCGGAACUUCCACGUCAGAUCAUGUUAUUCUGGUCUCUUGUGCUGGAGAGGGUCGUCGCCAAAAUGUUUGAGGUUGAGUGUUCUUUGUCUAUUAUAUGUUAGCUUUUAA